AGUCGGGUUGCAAAGCCUAUCACGUUCUCUUAUGCGUUAUAAUUACUUUCAGGGCGCUUAAUGCAGUCUGACACAUUUGACUUCGCCUGAGACUUCCUUCUCGACAUGGAGGGAUGACCUGCCGGAGAAGCCACUUUAAGAGCCCCACGCCGAUGCUGACUCGCAGUUCCGCAAGGAGCCGGACCCUCGCCUCCGGCAGCUGAGGCGGGGCCGCCGGGUGGGUCGCAGCCUGUAGCCGGGUCCGGGUUUGCACCGACCAGAGCCGCGGCCACUCGGGAUCUCUGCCCCCUUUGCCUCCGGCCGCUAAUGCUGCGCUACUCCUCGGCAGGAAGAGGCGAACGGAGAGGUCUGGAUCGACACCACAACCGGCAGGGGCGGGCGGCUUGAUGUUUGGCGACCUCAUCCUCUUCGUGCGGCCAAGUUGCUAGCUCAACCCAGCGCGGAUGGAUAGAGUGCAAGGAACUGGCUGGAUUCGAACCCGGGGCCACUCGCCUUGAAGUCCAUUGCUGAUGCUACUACACCACCGGCCGGCUAAUUUUCUGCAGAGAGUGGGGAAUAUAUAACACUUUUGAUGCCAUGUAAGUGGACAGAGUGACCGGACCAAAAUGCUUUCUGAAGAGCAAAGGAUUAUUUCCGCACUCUGCAUGCACAUUGUUGGAUGAAGUAAUUGGCCAUGUGAUUAUGCAGACAUCUCAGCAUGAAGCUGAUGGACCUGUUCCUAGCUCGUUCCCUCUCCACGUAUUUUCUGCUGCAGGGUUUUGUGCUCUUGACAUUGUGCUUUCACUCCACCAGCAUGUGUCCCAAAGGCUGUCUGUGUUCUCAUGCCAGCAGCCUGAACGUAAGCUGUAGCAACGCAAACCUUAAAGAGAUUCCCAAGGACCUUCCCCCAGACACCGCCUUACUCUACUUGGACUCGAAUCAAAUAAGGUCUGUUCCCAAUGAGGUUUUCAAAGACCUGCACCAUCUCAAAGUACUGAAUCUGUCCAAGAAUGCUAUCGAGUCCAUAGAGGAGCGGGCAUUCAAAGGGGUGGCUGACACUUUGCAGACGCUUGAUCUUUCAAACAACAAGAUCAAAAGCGUCCACAAGGACACCUUCAGCAAGCUCAAGGGCAGAGCCCAGAUUUCUGACAACCCGUGGCACUGCGACUGCACCCUCCAGCAGGUACUUCGCGACAUGCCCUCCAAGCACGAGACGGCCAACAACAUCAUCUGUGAGACUGCCGUCCUGGAGCAGCACACGGGCAAGCCCUUCCUCAGCGCUGCCAACGAGGCCGACCUCUGUAACCUGUCCAAAAAGACGACUGACGUAGCGAUGCUGGUCACCAUGUUCGGCUGGUUCACCAUGGUGAUUUCAUAUGUGGUGUACUAUGUGCGUCAGAACCAAGAAGACGCAAGGAGGCACCUUGAAUAUUUAAAGUCACUCCCGAGCAAGCAAAAGAAGCCAGAGGAAUCAGAUGACAUCAGUACUGUGCUAUAAUGAGCUGUGAAAUGCUUUCAUAAAAAGGUUUUAAAAUGGAGAUUAUUCUGUGUCUAUAUAAAUCAUCCCCUCUCAACAGGGAAGUAGCCAACAGGUCUAACUGCAGUGAAAUUGCGGGCCGUGAUUUCUAAAAAAAAAAUCUAGAUUAAGACAUCUCAUUGCAGUAAAAAGGCUUCCUAAGUACACUCAUUGGCCACUUUAUUAGAUACCUCCUGUAUCUAAUAGAGUGGCCACUGUGCGUUUGUUCAUGGUCUUCUACUGCUGAAGUCCGUCCAAUUCAAGGUUUGACAUGUUGAGUGUUCAGAGAUGCUCGUCUGCACAUCACUGUCGCAACGCAAAGUUAUUUGAGUUACUGUCACUUGCCUGUCAGCCUGAACCAGUUGGCCAUUCUCCUCUGACCUCUCUCAUUAACAAGAUGUUUUUGCCCACAGAACUGCCACUCACUGGAUGAUUUUUUUGUUUGCACCAUUCUCAAUAAACUCCAGAGACUAUUGUGCAUGGAAAUCUCAGGAGUUCUACAGUUUGUGAGAUACUCAAACCACCCCAUCUGGCACCAACAAUCAUUCCACGGUCACAUUUCUUCCCCAUUCUGAUGUUUGCUCUGAACAUCAACUGAACCUUUUGACCAUGUCUACGUGCUUUUAUGCAUUGAGUUGCUGCCCCAUGAUUGGCUGCUUACAUAUGUGUAUUAAUGACCUAAUAAAGUGGUCACUGAAUGUAUAGCAAAGAUGGAGAAUUCUUCAUCUUGACAAACACUUUAAUCAGCAGCAAUUAUGACUAGUGAUUCCCUAGGUACGAAACAAUCGAAGGUUUCCGAAGCUCAGUGAUAUGAAUGGUAUUCACAUUUCAUGUGACAUUAUGUAUAUUAAACAGGAGUUAAGUAACCCCCCGCAACCUCCCCAAUUACUAUAGUGAAACGGAAGAUGUACAAAGUAAGUAAGCUAACACUACCUGUGGUUCCACCCAGACGAUAACUGGUUCCAUAAAACAAGAGGAGCAGAAUUAGACCAUUUGGCAAAUCGAGUCUGCUUCACCAUUCCAUGACGGUGGAUUUAUCUUACCUCCUAACCCCUUUCUCCCUAUAACCUUUGAUGCCCGUACUAGUCAAGAACCCAUCAACCUUUGCUUUAAUUAUACCCAAUGACGAGACCUCCACAGCUAACUGUGGCAAGGAAUUCCCCAGAUUCACCACCCUCUAGCUAAAGCAGUUCCUCCUCAUCUCUGUUCUAAAGGAACAUGCUCAUAUUCUAAGACUGUGUCCUCUGGUCCUAGACUCUCCCACUGUAGGAAUUAUUCUCUACAUGUUCACUCUAUCUAGGCCUUUCAAUAUUCAGCAGUAUUCAAUGAGAUCCCUCUGCAUUCUCCUAAACUCCAGCGAACACAGGCCUAAGAACAUCAAUGCAAAUCAUACGUUAACCCUUUCAUUCCUGGGAUCAUUCUUGUGAAUCUCCUCUGGACCCUCUCCAAUGGCAACACAUCCUUUCUCAGACGUGGGGCCCAAAGCUGCUCACAAUACUAAAUGCAGUCUGGCCAAUCCCUUACGAGGCCUCAGUUGGUUCAUGUCAGAAGCAUGUGAAGGGUAAUGUUUGGAAUGCUUUGAUUCGUCAUUGUGCUCGCAGGGGUUCCCAACCUUGGGUCCAUGGACUCCUUGCUUAAGGGUAUUGGUCCAUGGCAUAAAAAGGUUGGGAACCCCUGAUUCUGAGCUCAUCGUUUGAAAGGUGACAUUGUAAAGUGGAAGCGACUGCUACAAGGGGUGGUAAACUUUUUCUUCCCUCUCUGCAUAUACUUGUCUGUUUCAGAUUGACAUGGGGGACAUCUUCUAAGUAUGCCCAGUGGGCUGUCAGAGGAAAAGUAAGGAAAAAAUGAGACCAACUUGGAGAAGUGACCUCAGACUCAGUGUCUGCACCUUAAAGCAUGGAAUGUAGACUAUGGAGCAUAAAUGUAGAACAUAGAGUGUAGAACACAGAACGGAGAACAUAGGACGUACAACGUGGAACAUAGAUGUUACAGCACAGUACAGACACUUCAGCCCACUGUUUUGUGCCAACCUUUUAACCUAGUCUAAGAUCAGUCUAAACUUCCCUCCUACAUAACUCUCCGUUGUUCUAUCAUCCACGUGCCUAUCUAAGAGUUUCUUAAAUGUCCCUAAUGCGUCUGCCUCUCCCACCACCCCUGGCAGGGUAUUCCACGCACCCACGGACCACACCGAUCCCAGUAGUGUCACGGUUUGCAAUUACCUUGACAGCAACACGGGUUCAAUUCCUGUCGCUGUCUUUAGGGAGUUUGUCCGUUUUCCCCACGUUGCAUGGGUUUCCUCUGGCUUCUCCUGUUUCUUCCCACAUUCCAAAGACGUUCGGGUUCGUAGCCUAUUUGGUCACAUGUACGUAAUUGGGCAGCACAGGCUCAUUACUGUACUGGAUUAAUAAAUAAUAAAAAAGCACUUUGGUGUUAGCUGACUGCACAAUGCCUUCAACUGCAGACCAGCUGGGUAAAGGUUCCGGGCUGAGAAAAUAAUGAUCAAAGAAAGGGAAAGGUCAGUAAGGAGCAGAAGACGAGGACAACUAUUCUUGGGAAACGUUUCUGUCAGGCUGCCUACUAAAAACAAACAGCAGGGAAGGGCAAGAAUAGAUCUGAAUCCUCAUUUGCGGGCUAUCUAUAACCAGCUGAUCAGGAGUCGUGGCUAACAAAGGUUAGGGUCCUAGCCUUUGCAUAGCUGGCAUUCUAAAAAUGGCGCUAGAAUCGAAAUAACCUUUCGAUCCCUGUUUAGAGUCACAAUAGGAAUAAUGUCUGGCUCUGUCAGCCUCCUGUGUUAAUUCAUAUAAAGAACAAAAUUCUUCUAAAAUGCUUGCUUCCACCAAAGUGAACUUGGAAUGUGAUAUCCAAGAUCAAUAAAGGAAUGUAACAUAUCUAUAGAGUUAUAGAACACUACAGCACAAAAACAGGCCCUUUGGCCCAUCUAGUCCCUGCCAAACUGUUAAUCUGCCUAGUCCCAUCAACCUGCACCUGAACCAUAGCCCCCCCAUACCCCUACUACCCAUGUAUCUAUCCAAGUUUCUCUUAAAUGUUGAAAUUGUACCAGAAUCCAUUACCUCUGCUGGCAGCUCAUUUCAUACUCUCUCCACUCUCUGAGAAAGUCCCCCCUCAUGUUUCCCCUAAACAUUUCACCUUUCACCCUUAUUCCAUGACCUCUAGUUGUAGUCCCACUCACCCUCAGUGGAGAAAGCCUUUUUGCAUUUACCCUAUCUAUACCCCUCAUAAAUUUGUAUCUUCAUCAUCAUUAUGUGCCAUGUCAUAUGACGAGGGCGAUUAUAGUCAAUGACCGUGAUCGUUCUUGGCAAAUCUUUCUACAGAAGUAGUUAGCCAUUGUCUUCUUCUGGGCAGUGUCUUAAAAGGUGGUUAACCUCAGCCAUUAUCAAUACUCUCCAGAGAUUGUCUGCCUGGUGUUAGCGGUCGCAUAACCAGGACUUGUGAUUUGCACCGGUUGCUCAUACGACCAUCCACCAUCUCUUCCCAUGGUUUCACGUGACUUUAAUUGGGCGGCUAUGCAGGUGCUACACCUUGCCCUAGGAUAACCUACAGGCUAGUGGAGGGAAGGAGCACCUUAUACCUCCUUUGGUAGAAAUGUAUCUCCACCCUGCCACCCAAUUUUGUUUACCUCUAUCAAAUCUCCCCUCAUUCCCCUAUGCUCUACGGAAUAAAGUCCUAACUUAUUCAACUUUUCCCUAUAACUCAAAAUAGAUUUUAAAAAAACUUUUUUGAAUUACUUUUACCCAGGCAUAACUGGUGUGUGUCCACUGGCUGCCCUGCCCUACGCCGUGAGAACAAAAUCUCUCAACUAGUCUGAACAAACAGCUUAGUCAGUAUCAGAAUUCAUUUAUAGCUGUGGCUGACAGUCGUGUUGAAAAGCAGGACCUUUAAUUCCUCUCUGACACAAGAGAUUCUGCAGAUGCUUGAAAUCCUUAGCAAAACACACAAAAUGCUGGAGGAACUCAACCGGUCAGGCAGCAUCUAUGGAAAGGAAUAUACAGUUGAUGUUUUGGGCAAAGACCCUUCAUCUGGAGUGUAAAAGAAGGGGACACAAGGCAAAAAAAGAAGGUGGAGGGAGGGGAAUGAAUAAAAGCUGGCAGGUCUUCUAGUCUUUAAGUCUAUCUGGGGUGGUACAGUAGCAUAACGGUUAGCACAAUGCUGUUACAGUGCUGGCAAUUUGGGUUCAAUCCCACUGCUGUCUGUAAAGAGUUUGUACUUUCUCCUUGUGACCACGUGGGUUUCCUCCAGGUGCUCUGGUUUCCUCCCACAUUCCAAGGAUGUUGGGGUUAGGGUUAGUAAGUUGUGGGCAUGCUAUGUUGGCAUUGGAAGCAUUGCAACAUUUGUGGGCUGCCCCCAGCACAAUGCUCAGACUGUGUUGGUUGUUGACACAAACGACGCAUUUCACUAAAAAGUUCCGAUGUUUCGAUGUACGUGUGAGAAGUAAUAUAAAUAAAGCUAUAGUGAUGGUUGAGAGCAGGAGAGAGUUUGCCCCUUCCUUCCUUUCCUUCCCAGCUCCAAUGAAGGGUCUCAGCCCAAAAUGCCAACUGUUCAUUUCCCUCCAUAGAUGCAGCCUGACUCACUAAGUUCCUCCAGCAUUUUGUGUCUGCUGUUCAGUUCCUCUCUGACAUACGGUGGUCUCAUUGGCAAGGUAAAGGUGGGACUAUUGUAGUGACAAGGGGAAUUGAGAUUCUCAGUGACCGCCUGCAGCCUAUUUGACCUGAGUUGCAAGGUGAACAUAGCUUUCUUUCUCCAGUGAUAUGUUUGUGGAUUUGUGAAGUAAGGAUUAUGAAGCAGGAAUAUAAUAUUCAUUCUCUUAAACCUGUUCUGCAAUUUCGUUACAGCAGAACUGACCUGUACCUGAAAAAUUACUUUGCUCCCAGUUUACCUCUUAACCAUCAUCUACUGUAUCUAUCUAACACUCACAACACGCUGGAGGAACUCAGC